AUGGAUGAUGAUGCUAGCUAUUCGUGUUCCACUACGGUUGGUGCAACGAUUGAAAUCGAUGAUGAAGUAGUUCAGGGUUUCAUUGCUAAGGAAGUGGGAACCAAAAAGCGUGGACCUUGGAUACGACCACCUCUGAGAUUAGAAGAUGUACGACUGCGCUGUCCUGACUCUUUGAGAAUUCGAGACAUCCGAGAUGAAGUGUUGUCGUUCCUGUGCUCACAUCUUAAUCUUCCCUCUUAUGGAUCCUUGAAAAAUUGGGAUUCAGUUGGCAUACAAUUAGGAAUGAAUGACUCCGAGAUAGUCUCACUUCGACAUGAUCCUCGACCAAUGGAAGCAGUGUUGAAAAGAUGUCGAGAUCGACCAGCUAAGGACCUUGUGAAAGCUCUACAGAAUUGUAAACGAGUUGAUUUGCUUUAUUCUUUGCGCAAGUUCCAACGGCAAGGAAAGCUGGAGAAGCCUAUAGAAGAAAUCACAUCUUCAAAUGUAAUUACGUGA